AUGAGGUAUGACGGAACGCAGGACCCCCUAGAGCACCUAACGGCCUUCGAGGCCAGGAUGAACUUAGAAGGAGUAGGAGAUGAGAUAGCAGAGAAGGGGAUACUGACGAAACCCCGACCUCUGAAGGGCAGGACAGGGGGAGACAAGAGCCUCUACUGUGAAUAUCACAAGGGAUACGGGCACAAAACCCAAGACUGCUUCGACCUAAAAGACGCCCUGGAGCAGGCAAUCAGGGACGGAAAACUUGCCGACUUCUCCCAUCUUAUCAGGGAGCCGAGGAGACGCAAUCGGGAUCGCGAAAGCGAAGACGGGUCCCGGGCGACAAGACGACGCCAAGAACCAGAGGGGGACGACCACGGUCUCACGGUGGUGAACGUAGUAACGGCGAGGAACUCCGCCCCAAGGUCGAAAUCGGCACAGAAAAAAGAUGCCAAGGUCCUCGCGGUCUCCUCCUCGUCUGCUAGAAGUUCCCGGAGACUCCCAUCCAUCUCUUUCGGCCCGGAAGACCAAUGGUUCGACGAGGCGCCGGAAAGUCCCCCCAUGGUCAUCACGGCCAGGGUCGGAACCGGCCUUGUCAAGCGGAUCCUGGUUGAUACGGAGGCAGACUCGAACAUCAUGUUUCGAAACGUUUUUGACGCCUUGGGACUACGAGAUGCCGAUCUGGCGACCCACCAGCACGGUGUGGUAGGGUUGGGAGACCACUUCAUCAAACCGGAUGGAAUCAUCUCUCUCCCGACCUCCGUGGGGCAAGGGUAG